AUGAUCAAGUCUGAUCCUGCCUUCCCUCCGUUUCUGAAGACCUCUCCACCGCCGACUGCACCUCCAUCUUCAGCUCGACUACACGCGUUAUACGCGUCCACAUCCUCUCAGCGAACCACUAAUCCCACAGGCUAUUCAGCAAACUCGCAAUGGUGGGCUUCUGUCAUCGAAGAGACGCUUAGAACAGGGUGGAUCAACGGUGCAGAAGGGGAUAGACUGAUACUAAAAGUGGAUGAAGCGUUGUUAGGUCGAUUGGAAGAUGAGCAUGGCAGAAGACCAAAAGGUAUCGGUGGUGUUAUUGAAGGCCUAGCAACAACGAUGCCUCCCACACUGCAUCCCCUUCCUCACUUCACAACAUUCUUGACACCUUUGCAUGCCCCGCCGUCGCUCACUUCUAGAUUCAUCGGCAAACCAUUAUGGUGGGCUGUAUCGCAGCUGAACCCAUUCGGAUCAUCAGCCGACAAGGUGGAAAAGGAAGAAACGUUGUGGUCAAGGUAUGGUAAAGGUAAAGAAUACGUACAUAUACCGUUAUUAGAACAAUCCGCUUCCUCUUUCACUUCUCAUAUAUCAAAGAACCCUAUCCUGUCCUACACCGAUGCUUUAUAUGAUCUCGAAUCAUUCAGAGAAGAGUACGGAGAAGUCUGUUUCCCCGCUAGUCCAAGUUCCAAGAAAUUACCUGAAGGUACACAUAAACUGUCUGUCAGAGAUAUAGAGGUCCUUGUGAAAUGGUUACAUAGGGAUUGUGGGGUGAUAGUGAUAGACGGAUCGGUCAUCAAAGUCCUAGAACCCGAUCAGACACCUUCAGACCAUCCUAUCACUGAUGCUGAUCGUGGCGUCAUCUCUGUCAUCAAUGCUCAACGCAAAGUCGAGAAGCAAAUUCUCGGUAUAGAAGAGCAGAUCACUCAAUCUCAGGAGAAAGCCAAGAAACAACUUGCAAAAGGGCAGAAGAACGCCGCCUUGUCCUAUCUCAGAUCGAAGAAACAGCUGGAAGAUCUACUGGCUAAGCGGAUCGCAUCUUCCGAACAGCUGGGAGCUGUAAUUAGAAGUAUUGAUCAGGCUAAGGGUGAUGUAGAGAUCAUGGCUGCAUACGAAACCUCCACUUCGACACUUCGAUCAAUCCUUUCCGACCCAUCACUCUCACCUGAUCGGAUCGCGACUACCACCGAUGCUCUCGCGGAAGCUAUGGCCGACCAAGAGGAGAUCGACCAAGCUGUUAGGAUCGGAGGUGAACUUGCCAUGGGAGGCAAGCGGGUUGAGGUGGACGAGGAUGAAUUGGAUGCUGAGCUCGAGGAUCUGGUCCAAGAGGAGAAAGCUGCCCAAGCUGCUGCGGCGGAACAACAGAAGAAACAGGUCGAGAAGGGGAAGCAAGGGAAGACAGAUGAGCCUGCUGGCAGACAAACAAUUCCCGUCAAUGAGAAACCAACAGUCCUACUACCAGCGCAAGGUCAAGUGGCGAAACCCCAGCAGAGUUCUACCCAACAUGAUCAGUCGAAGAAUCAGGAGAAGGAAGAACAAGUAUGGAAGGAUCGAUACGAAGAUGCUCAACAUCGUAAAGAAGCUGAAAGGAGGAGAAGUGAGGAAGAGAGAUUGCGAAAGGAGGAAAAAAGACUUGUAGCUGAGUAG